CUACAAAUGUCGUCACUAAUUCUUUAAUUUCAAAGUUUUAAUGGUGUUCCAGGAAAGAGCGGGAAGCUGUGAGCAGACUUACUGGAGCAAACACUGAUGGAGGAGCAGCAGGAGCUCAGCAGCGUCAUGCUGCGGCGACGUGGAGGCUGCUCCCGCGCGGGACCAGCGCGCGCGGGAAGCUGCUCUUAGCGGACGGAGAGACGCACGCGGGCGGGAGGAAGGAUGGAGGACCGACACCGUCGGAACCGGACUCCCGCGAGCCUCAGGAGCCAGAGCCGGGUCCGGAAGGAGAGCAAGCUGCGGCUGCGGGUUCUACUGCUGGACGACAGCGAGCGAACGUUCGAGGUGGAGCAAAACGUUUUAGGCGCCGAUUUCUUCAACAAAGUCUGCGGUCAUCUGAAACUUCUGGAGAAAGAGUACUUCGGUCUGGAGUUCAGGCACCACAGCGGCCAUUACGUUUGGUUGGAGAUGAUGAAGCCACUCAUCAAACAGAUUCAAUACACCAGUGAUUUAUUCUUCAGAUUUAUAGUCAAGUUUUUUCCUCCUGACCCAGGACAGCUAAAGAGAGGCCUCACCAGGUAUCUUUUUGCCUUACAGAUAAAGCAGGAUUUGUCGAACGGCAGUCUAACAUGUAACGACAACAGCGCUGCCUUGCUCAUCUCCCACAUUCUGCAAUCAGAAAUAGGGGACUAUGACGAGGAGUUGGACUAUCAACAUUUGGAGAUGAAGCAUUAUGUGCCCAACCAGGAGUACCUGGACCACAAGAUCAUGAAGUUUCAUAAGAGACACAGAGGAAUCUCUCCGGCAGACUCUGAUGUCCACGUGCUGGAGGUAGCGAGGAAGUUGGACAUGUACGGCAUCAGACCCCACCCUGCCCACGAUGGAGAGGGACUGAGAAUAAACUUGGCUGUCACUCACUCUGGAGUUCUGGUCUUUCAGGGAAACACCAAAAUCAAUACGUUCAGCUGGGCAAAAAUCCGGAAGCUGAGCUUCAAGCGCAGACAUUUCCUGAUCAAACUGCACGACAAGAUUGGGCAGUCGUGUAAGGAUACUCUAGAGUUCGCCAUGGCGAGUCGAGACGUCUGCAAGUCCUUCUGGAAGAUGUGUGUGGAGUAUCACGCUUUCUUCAGGCUCUCUGAGGAACCGAAGGCGGUACAUAAAACUCUGCUGUCCUGUAAGGGCUCCAGGUUUAGAUACAGCGGGAGAACUCAGAAACAGCUGCUGGAGUGCUUGGGAUCAGGGGAGAAGAAGGCUUUGCACUCUGAGAGAACCUUCCGUCAGUCCAACUAUGACCCCAGACAGUGCCGAUCUUCUCCUGAUCUCCUCACUGAUGUUUCCAAGGAGCUGUACGAACACCCCCGCCCGUUACCGCGGGCCAGGCGUGCUUUGGAGGUUCACAGCCAGGACGAAUCGGAUCCCCGACGGCGGCAAGACGACGCCGAGGGAGGAGCCAAACGAAGCCACUCCUCUGUCGAGGUCGCCCGCAGGACUCAACCCUUCUGCCAGGUCACUCCCCUCUCUCCGUCUCCCCACCGCUCCACCCCUUCACCCAAGCUACGCCACGCCUCCACUCCUCCCUUGGGAGGGGGGCGGAAUGGAGCCCAGCGCCAGGCCCAGAGGCUAGCCGGCGUCUACGGAAACAGGUCCCGCCGCCGACCCAACCCCCAGCCGGACCCGGAUUCCGUGCAGCAGCUGGUGCUUCUCUACCCCAACAGCCCCGCGUACCAGUAUCACCCCGUCCUGCCCUCCUUCCCCUUCUCCACCUCCUCGCCACUCCACCGCCCCCCUUUCUUGGCAGACUACGUUACGGUGUCCUCACUGGAGCGUUUCCCACACGUGAGGAGGCGGGACUACGUCCCCAUGGACAGCGCGUCACGGCCGGCGUUCUACCCGUUAAGUCAGGACUCGCCACCGUUUUCUCCGAUUCGACGGAACUUCCGCCCAUCCGGUUCCGGCGGGCUGGGAUCGGCACGGGUCUACCAGCCAGGGAGCAACGGAGCUCGCCACCUGGGCGUGAGACACGUGGAGGCGGGGCAUUACAGCGACGACUCCAACUUCCUGCCGGGGCUGCCUCGCCGCGCUGCCAGCCAACCAGACGUCAAGUUCCAUCUGUCCAGGAGCGCCAACCCCGCCUUCAACCCCGCCUCCGAGUUCCGCCCACUUGGUUACUACCCCCACCUUUCCCGACCUUCCAGACCCACCUACCUCCCUCUUAACUCCUCCCCUCUCCCCGAGCGCCCCACUUCCGUCUGCAUGUUCAGCGGCGCCUCUGGUAGCUACAGCGACUCUGAUCCGGAGGUCUUCUACCCGUACUACUGCCCCCCGCCGCCUCCGGCGGGGAAGAUGACGAGGUCGGCCGGAUUUGCCAGGAUGAGAUUUUCCUCUGGAAGCCUUCAGCUGGAUGAAGAAGAGGAAGUGGAGGAAGAAGAAAGGGCAAAAGUAGCGGCCAAUAAAGAGAAGAGUGAACAGGAAAAGACUGGGAGGAGCCAAGAGGGGGAGGAGGAGAAAGGAGCAGCGAAGGUUACCCAGGUCACUCUGUAGAGGCGGAGCUUCAUCACUCACACCGGGGUUAAAGGGUGAGGUCUAGAGACUGAAGACCACCAGAAAUUCAGGAUUCCGCACACGUGUGCUGGAAAUAAACUGUACUGUUGCCUUGUUUUAGUAAAACAAAUUCUAAAGUUUGGUUCUUGUUUAGUUUUUUGCCCAAACAGUCACAUGUUUUCGUCGGAUAACAGGGAUUUUAACGUUCUCCGCUUCCUAGACGCUUUUGACUAUUCAUUUAAAAUCCUCCAAAUACAAAAAGACUCGUGUGCUCAUGUUUUAUGGUUGGUUCACUGGUGAGUGAUCUUUAUAGUUACUUUUGGUCGUCGUGACAACCAUGCAAAAUUUUUGUCAAUAAAAAGUUACAUUUACAUACAGUUGAGGAAAUCGUAAUAUAUAAACAAAUCAAUUUAUUUCUGGAAAUGGGCAUUUGAGCCGUGUCAUGAAAUGAAAGAAAAAAAUGAAAUUAUUGGUUCAAACAAACAAAAAAAG